CUCGUUUGGCCAGUCGUGAAUAACAAAUCCAUAUAAUUAGAGCAGAUUUGUAAAUGGUUAGUGAGCUGAAUCGCUGAUACUUACAAGAGGAAUAGAAAUGAUAUUGUAUCAACUUUUGCUGCUAAGUUUAAUCUCAGUUGCUGGAUCAGCGUUCAAUCUGACUAUACUCCACACAAAUGAUGUUCAUGCUCGAUUGGAACAGCACGACAAACACGGAGGAAUCUGCGACGAAGCCGAAGCUCUCAAAAACGAGUGCUUUGGCGGCGUGGCCCGACGCAUGACCAAAAUACGCGAGAUCCGAGAAGUCGCGGACGUUUUGCUGUUGGACGCAGGUGAUCAAUUCCAGGGAACCUUGUGGUUUUUGUACUAUUGGGGGAUGGCAGCGGCAUAUUUCAUGACCAGUCUUGGAUAUGAUGCGAUGGCCGUCGGAAAUCACGAGUUUGAUAACUCUCCAGAUGGCCUAGAACCUUUUGUAAGAAAUGUGUCCUUCCCACUACUCAGUGCCAACAUGGAUGCCUCUGAGGAACCAGUAUUAGAUGGUCUUAUCAAUAAGUCUGCGGUUCUCACUGUGCGAGACGAACGCAUUGGCGUUGUUGGUUACACAUACUACGACACAGAUAUAAUAUCUAAAACACGAGACGUACAUUUUAGCGCCGAGGUACCUGCUGUACAGAAGGAAGUGGAUAGGCUGAAGAGGUUAGGAAUCAACAAAAUAAUAGCAGUCGGUCAUUCAGGACUACCAAUCGAUAAGAAGAUUGCGAAUGAAGUCAAAGGAGUAGAUGUCGUCAUCGGCGGUCAUUCAAAUUCAUUUCUCUACGACGGGGAUCCGCCUUCAACAGAGAAAGUCGAUGGGCCAUAUCCGAUAGUAAUAAACCCGUCUCAUAGUCCCAAUUCAAAUGUGCUUGUAGUGCAGGACUACACCUUCGGCAAGUACCUUGGAUAUCUGAAUGUUGUGUUUGACAGUGAAGGUGAAAUAACAUCAUGGACAGGCAAUCCAAUUCUGUUGGACCACACAGUCGCACAAGAUUCAACAAUAUUAUCUGAGAUUGAGAAAUGGGCUGAACCAGUAAAAGAUCAAAUCGGAAAGGUAGUCGGCCGCACGAAUGUCUUCCUCCAGGGUGAUAGGAAUGUUUGUCGGAAGUCUGAAUGUAAUCUUGGGAAUCUAGUCACCGAAGCAUUUGUCGCCAUGAACCUGGUGGAACCGGAUGAACUACGUUGGAGCCGAGUUGGGAUCGCACUGUGGAACGGUGGAGGCAUAAGACAAUCUGUCCCUGUCGGUCGUAUUACAAUCGGCGAUUUGAACAUGGUGUUACCGUUUGGCAACACAGUUGAUAUCGUUGAGAUUAAAGGAAAAUACAUUCGCGAAGCACUUGAAUUCUCGGUGUACAAGUACGGCACGGACAAUUUGGGAGGAGAGUUCCUACAAAUGACAGGCUUACAUGUAACAUAUGAUGUUACAAAACAACCAGGUAGUAGAGUUGUUGAUGUGGAGGCCGUUUGCACAGAAUGCACAGUUCCAGAAUACAAACCACUCGUAGAUGACGAGAUAUACAAUAUUAUAGUAAGCGAUUACAUAGCAAACGGCGGCGAUGGUUACUCGAUGAUUAGUGAUAACAAACUGUCAUAUGUCACAGGUAAUUUGGAUUCUCAUAAAGAUUUUACUAGAUUAUCAUUUCUUACUAUAGGGGAUCCGCCUUCAACAGAGAAAGUCGAUGGGCCGUAUCCGAUAGUAAUAAACCCGUCUCAUAGUCCCAAUUCAAAUGUACUUGUAGUGCAAGACUACACCUUCGGCAAGUACCUUGGAUAUCUGAAUGUUGUGUUUGACAGUGAAGGUGAAAUAACAUCAUGGACAGGCAAUCCAAUUCUGUUGGACCACACAGUCGCACAAGAUUCAACAAUAUUAUCUGAGAUUGAGAAAUGGGCCGAACCAGUAAAAGAUCAAAUCGGAAAGGUAGUCGGCCGCACGAAUGUCUUCCUCCAGGGUGAUAGGAAUGUUUGUCGGAAGUCUGAAUGUAAUCUUGGGAAUCUAGUCACCGAAGCAUUUGUCGCCAUGAACCUGGUGGAACCGGAUGAACUACGUUGGAGCCGAGUUGGGAUCGCACUGUGGAACGGUGGAGGCAUAAGACAAUCUGUCCCUGUCGGUGAGAAAAACAAAAUUGGAUUGGUAAUGUGA